AGUUUGUUGCUGAAAAAAUGACUAGGAAUGGCAAUACAGUUCAAAAGGACCCAUUAAAAGUCUUACUUCUUGGGGACGAAGGUUGCGGAAAAACAACGCUUUUGAAGACAUACACGGGCAAAAGAUUCGAUGAACAAUACAGUCCUUCGGUAUUUGAUUAUUACACGGCCACAGUUUCACUCGAAAACAAGAACAGUCUUGGCCUAAAUCUCUGGGAUACUUCAGGUUCAACGGAUUACGACCAUGUUAGGCCAUUAUCAUACAAAGACACGGAUGUUUUCAUUUUAUGUUUUGAUAUCAGCAGCGAGACUUCACUUAGUAAUGUCAGUAAAAAGUGGCUGAUAGAGAUGUUUGAGAAUAGUCCAGGAAAACCAUUUAUAUUAGUCGGAUGUAAAGCAGACUUGAGAGACGAUUCAACCGUACGAAACAAUGAAGUUAGUCAAGAAAAAAUUGUUCCUUUUACACAGGCGAUGAAGUUUGCGAAGACAAUAAAAGCUUGCGACUAUUUGGAAUGUUCAUCUAAGGCUAUGAACGAUCAGAUUGAGAAGCUUUUUGUCACCGUGGCCAGACUGGGCCUAGGCUUAAACCGACGACAAUCAAUGAAGAAGAAGAGUUUAAGUUGUGACUUGGAUAAAGAAAAAUCCAAAUGUGUUAUUUCCUGAGAUGGGGUAAAUUCUCUAUUUUGCCGUGGUAGCUGCUUAGUUCCCUUGUACAUUGGUAAUAGAAUCGUUUUGCCACAUAACAAGAGCCCCCGAGCAGGAGCCAGAUGCAUUUGGAACCGACAUCUAGGCCUGGUGCAAGGCUGUUGGAACCACAGGCCUAUUUCUGUUGGUUGAGCCAUCUAAUUAUGAAGCAAAUCCAUUACAGAACAAGAUGAAGUUAUUAAUUUAUAUGAGACCCUAUUAUAAACGGAUUCAUGAUCGGAAGCCAUUGUGGCUAACUGGAUUCGAUCUAAACGAAGUCUCAACAUGGGGAAAAUGAGACCGGAGCUGAAUAGUCCGGACCUGUUUGGCGAUGGUCUCCUGUAAAGGGUGGCUGAGGUUGAGACAACUACUUGAUGUAUGGUUUACUGCUUCUACGGUUUGAACUCGAGCGUGCCGGUCUGCUUGGCUUGGAGAAAGAACAAGGGCCUGGCGAAAUUAUCCCCUGUUUCUUGAGACUUGAUUAUUUUGACGUAAAGAACAUAAUAUCAGUGCUGGGUAUUAAAAGUUUGCUGUUGAGUAGCACUCCAGUAAUGGUAGUUAUAGUUUGUUUAAGCAGUCAAUCACACAGUUAAUUUGUUUUUUGCAACAUUUUCUGAGCAAAAUUAGCAGUAAAUGUCUGCUUCACAUCAAGAUGACAUCAAACUAAGCUAUUGUCAUGAAGCAAAAUGAUCAAAUUGAUAAACUUUUCCAUUAGAUUUUCCGAUAAUACCCCAAUUAAUUAAUCUAAAUUCUUCAACUAUAUACGAUAAAUUCCUCCAUUAUACGUUCUCAAAAAACACGCUUGCCUAUUCCUUUUCAAGGCAAUACCCUUCCUUAGUAAUCUAAAUGCUCAUGUCACUGUCAAAACACUGCAACCUUUGGCCUGCCCUAAAAAAGGUGAAAAUAUACAUUUUACUGGGACUUUUGAUCUCAAAAGUGGAUCCUUGUCGUUAGUUUUUGUAUCCUCGCUUGCAUUCAGUCUGAAAUUUCGUGACAUUUGCGGAUCCUAUGACAAAAUACUCGACCACUGGGUCCCGAGAGCCAAUGAAAAAGUAACCCUUUUGGACACCGCUUUCCUCGAAAGGAGAAUCGCCUGGGGGUUUCUAGGACCUUUUUAAUUCCCCAUCUACAGGUAAGGCUGUUUGAUAAUAUUUCAGUAGCCGAGAGCCUUGGUGAAUUGUCUUCUAGUAAAACAUACAACAGAGUGGUUUUAGAGCUUUUCGCAGCGAUAUAAUUACAAUAUACUAGGGUAUGUUACAUUGUUGUUCUCACACACAUCAAACAUAACCUUCGUAUGUUGUAUGUUUGUAAAAUUGACAAAUAAAUUUAGAUCUAAGUCAAA